AUGAUUUUAUUAGAUUAAAACUUAAAAAGAGAGGAACGCUUUUUAUGUGCUAUUUGUAUGGAAAAUUUUGAAGCAGAAACUAAAAUAAUUGGAUUUAAAAAACUACUUAAAAUGAUCUAAGAAAACUAAAAGACUAAAGAAAAAAAUAUCUAAGGAUUGAUUAAAGUUGAUGUGGAUUUGGUAGAAUCAUUAGUUAACGAAAUACAGAUAUUAAAGUCAAACUUUAUUUCCAAAUUUGAUGAAUUAUUAACUAAUUCAACAGAAUGGAUCAAAAGUCUUUAAAGUAUUGGUUAACAAACUUUUAGUUAUAGUUUUUUUGAUGAAUUAGAAAUAAUUAUUAAUAAUCAAAUGUAAAAUUAAAUGAUUUAAGAAUAAAUUUAUGAGUAAAUAACUACACUUAAUAAUUCAUUUUGUAACAAAAUUAAUGACAAAUUAUCAUCUCUAAAGAACUAAGAAUUAUAUUCGUAAUGUGAUAAAACCUUAAUCAAUUUAAAUUUUAAUCAUAAUAUUAAAUUAAUAGAUGAUUCAAAUAAAUAAAUUGAUACUUGUUAUGCAAUUUCUUUUAAUUAAUCUGGGUCACUCAUGAUCUCAGCCUCUAAUUGUGACAUUAAAGUAUGGAAUUUUGAGAAAGGAAGAAUGAAUGAAUUUAGCAAAAUUAGUGGACAUACCAAAGCUAUAUGUUGUCUUCAAUUUAGUAAGAAUAGCAAUAGUUUUGUAUCUGCCGGUUUUGAUAAUUCUAUUCGAUGUUGGAUAUAAAUUAAUGAAAAAGAAUGGAAGAGUUCUUAAUCUUAUUAUUAGCAUACUAGUUUUAUAAACUGCUUAAUCUUAAAUCAAUCUGAAAAUUAACUUGCUUCUGGAGGAAGAGAUAAUUCAAUUAAAAUUUGGAAAAUAGAUUUAGUUAAUAAUUAAUUAACCUAUUUUUAUUCAUUAGACAAACAUAAAAGUAGCGUUUAUAGUUUAUGCUUAAAUCAAACCGAAGAUACUUUGGUUUCUUGUGGUGAUGAUAAAUAGAUAAUAGUUUGGAAAUAAGAUAAUGAACAAAAAUGGGAAUUUGGAUAUGAAGUUACAUAAUCAAUUUAAGAAGUUGGAUGCAGAUUAUGCUUUAUAAAUGAAGACUAAUUUAUUUUUGUUACAGGAAAUCAAGUAAGCAAAGAUUGUAUAAGCACAUUUGAACUAAAAAAUUAAAAAUAUCAAGAAAACUUGGAAAAGGAACUAAGACUAAAUAAAAAUGAUUAACAACCUGAUCUCAAUUUAUUUCCAAUCUGUUAUGACAAAAAAAAGAAUUUAAUGAUUGUAAAACAUAAAUAGUGCGUUUAUUUGAUCAAAAUAUCAAAUGAAGGACAAUUAAAAAUAAUCUCAUAGAUAAAAUAUUAAUCAAAUGAUAUUUUUGGAGCAUUAACUAAUGAUGCAAAGCAUAUAGUUACUUGGGAUAAUGAGGGAUAGAAAUAUAAUGUGUAUGAAUUAUAUAUUAAUUGA